CGUUGCCCCGCCGUCUCUCUGAUGGAGGGUCACUGUCUCGUAGAAGGUUGUUGGAAGAACAGGACUGGCCCUGGUCAUUUCCACGCCCAUCCCACCCACUUCCUGCCUCCCUCUUGGGCAACAAAGGGGCCUCGGGAAGCUGGGCCCUUUUGGUUCCCGGCCCCACUCCUACUCCAGCCCUGCUGAUGUGGAACCGGGUUUGGGCUCUGCCCGGCUAUUGUCUGCGCUGGGGGAGGGGACAGGCUGGGGCCGGGAACUCUGCACGCAGGCGGCUGCACCAAGUCCCCCACUGGGGGUCUUUGCCCAACCGCCUGCUUGCCUCUGCCGAAUAAGGGGUAUACCUCCCCGAAUUAGGUCUUGGGCCUGGCCAGAGUCCAGGUAGCAGGUCCUGUUUCUUAAGAUUAUUCCAAAACCUUUUAGACCUGAAGGAGGAAAAGGAGGGGAGCCCCUUUUUAUUUUUUCUGCACAACUCCCUGUUAAGAGGGAGUAGGGAUGGCCUGGAGGCCAUAGAAGGCUUUUUGAUGACUGCCCACGCCUAGUGCCUGCUGACUCAGCUCCUCCCUGCCCCUCUGGAAGGGACCCCCUGGGCCCCUGGGGGCAGAGGCCAGUUGCUGAAACUAGGUCUGCUCCAAAAAAGGGAGCAGGGGAAGCUCCAGGAGCUCCAGGGGAGUUGUGUUCAAAUGUGCGCCCUGUGCGGCACGUCUCUUGGUGCGGGCCCCCUUCCGGUCUGUGAUGCUGACCAGUUUCUUUUCCUUCAGCAGGGCUGCUGGACUGAAGUUUUAGAGCCCGGGUGUUUGCCAUGGCCCAGCACUGGGCUGUCUGGCUGCUGGCAGCAGGGCUGUGGGGCCUGGGCAUUGGGGCUGAGGUGUGGUGGAACCUUGUGCCCCGGAAGACAGUAUCUUCUGGGGAGUUGGCCACAGUAGUGAGGCGGUUCUCCCAGACGGGCAUCCAGGACUUCCUGACCUUGACCCUGAGGGAGCACUCUGGGCUUUUAUAUGUGGGGGCUCGAGAGGCGCUGUUUGCCUUCAGCGUAGAGGCUCUGGAGCUGCAAGGCGUGAUCUCCUGGGAGGCCCCGGCUGAGAAGAAGAUUGAGUGUACCCAGAAAGGGAAGAGCAACCAGACCGAGUGCUUCAACUUCAUCCGCUUCCUUCAGCCAUACAAUGCCUCCCACCUGUACGUCUGUGGUACCUAUGCCUUCCAGCCCAAGUGCACCUACAUCGACAUGCUCACUUUCACCUUGGAGCGUGGAGAAUUUGAAGACGGGAAGGGGAAAUGUCCCUAUGACCCAGCUAAGGGCCACACUGGACUCCUUGUGGAUGGUGAGCUGUUCUCAGCCACGCUCAACAACUUCCUGGGUACCGAGCCUGUUAUCCUGCGGAACAUGGGGCCCCACCACUCCAUCAAGACCGAGUACCUGGCGUUUUGGCUAAAUGAACCCCACUUCGUAGGCUCUGCCUAUGUCCCUGAGAGUGUGGGGAGCUUCACGGGGGACGAUGACAAGGUCUACUUCUUCUUCAGCGAGCGGGCAGUGGAGUACGAUUGCUACGCCGAGCAGGUGGUGGCUCGCGUGGCUCGCGUCUGUAAGGGCGACAUGGGGGGUGCCCGGACCCUGCAGAAGAAGUGGACGACGUUCCUGAAAGCACAGCUGGUGUGCUCAGCCCCGGAGUGGAAGGUGUACUUCAACCAGCUCCGGGCGGUGCACACCCUGCUGGGUACCUCUUGGCACAACACCACCUUCUUUGGGGUGUUUCAAGCGCGGUGGGGCGACAUGGACCUGUCAGCAGUCUGUGAGUACCAGCUGGAACAGAUCCAACAGGUGUUCGAGGGCCCCUACAAAGAGUACAGCGAGCAGGCCCAGAAGUGGGCCCGCUAUACUGACCCAGUACCCAGCCCUCGGCCUGGCUCGUGCAUCAACAAUUGGCACCGCCACAAUGGCUACACCAGUUCUCUGGAGCUGCCAGACAACAUCCUCAACUUCAUCAAGAAGCACCCGCUGAUGGAGGAGCAGGUGAGGCCUCGGUUGGGCCGCCCCCUGCUUGUGAAGAAGAACACGAACUUCACACACGUGGUGGCCGACAGGGUCACAGGACUCGAUGGCGCCACCUAUACGGUGCUGUUCAUUGGUACAGGAGACGGCUGGCUGCUGAAGGCUGUGAGCCUGGGGUCCUGGGUCCACAUGAUAGAGGAGCUGCAGGUGUUUGACCAGGAGCCGGUGGAGAGUCUGGCACUGUCCCGGAGCAAGAGGGUGCUUUUCGCUGGCUCCCGCUCUCAGCUGGUCCAGUUGCCCCUGAAUGACUGCACAAAGUACCGCUUCUGUGCAGACUGUGUCCUUGCCCGGGAUCCCUACUGUGCCUGGAAUGUCAACACCAGCCGCUGCGUGGCCACCACCGUUGGUCACCCAGGGUCCCUUCUGGUCCAACACGUGACAAACUUGGACACCUCAAAGAUGUGUAACCAGUAUGGCAUUAAGAAAGUCCGACCUGCGUCCAAGAACAUCACUGUAGUGGCAGGCACAGACCUGGUUCUGCCCUGCCACCUCUCGUCAAAUUUGGCCCAUGCCCGCUGGACCUUCAGAGGCCGGGACCUGCCUGCCGAACAACCUGGCUCCUUCCUUUAUGACACAGGACUCCAGGCGCUGGUAGUGAUGGCUGCCCAGCCCCGCCAUGCUGGGCCUUAUCACUGCUAUUCAGAGGAGCAGGGGACAAGACUGCCUGCAGAAAACUACCUUGUUGCUGUCGUGGCUGGCCCAUCAGUGACUCUGGAGGCCCGGGCUCCCCUGGAAAACCUGGGGCUUGUAUGGCUAGCUGUGGUGGCUCUGGGGGCUGUGUGCCUGGUGUUGCUGCUGUUGGUUUUAUCACUUCGUCGGCGACUUCGAGAAGAGCUAGAAAAAGGUGCCAAGGCAGCUGAGAGGACAUUGGUGUACCCGCUAGAACUGCCCAAGGAACCAACCAGUCCCCCCUUCCGCCCUGGUCCUGAAACAGAUGAGAAACUUUGGGAUCCCGUUGGCUACUACUAUUCAGACGGCUCUCUCAAGAUUGUACCUGGUCACGCCCGGUGCCAGCCCGGGGGUGGGCCCCCUUCGCCACCUCCUGGCAUACCUGGCCAGCCCCUGCCUUCUCCGACUCGGCUUCACCUAGGGGGAGGUCGGAACUCAAACGCCAAUGGCUAUGUGCGCUUACAACUGGGAGGGGAGGACCGAGGAGGACUUGGGCAUCCACUGCCUGAGCUCGCGGAUGAGCUGCGGCGGAAACUCCAGCAGCGCCAGCCACUGCCUGACUCCAACCCAGAGGAGUCCUCAGUAUGAGGGGAGCCCCCCCACCCACCUCAUAGGCGGGGGUCUCGUGGGAGGUGCACCCUUACUUUUGCACAGGCACCAGCUACCUCAGGGACAUGGCAGGGGCACUUGCUCUGCCUGGGACAGACACUGCCCAGCAUUUGCCCAGCCAUGAGGACCUGCUCAGCGUGGGCACUGCCACUUGGUGUGGCUCACCAGGGCAUCAGCCUCACAGGAGGCCACGCCCUCCUCUGUGAAUUUCAGACAUUGUGGGACCCCAGCAGCCAAAACUUUGCAAGGCAGAAGUUUCAAGAUAUGGGUGUUUGUGCAUAUAUGUGUUGGUGCGUGUAUGUAUGGAGGGGUGUGUGUGUGUGCGCGCGCGUGUGUGUAUGUGUGUGUGUCUAGGUGUGUCUCUGUUAAGUCUUCCCUUGGCCUGGGGUCCUCCUGGUGAGUCUUUGGAGCUAUGAAGGGGAAGGGGGUCAUACCACUUUGCCUCUCCUACCCCCACCUGUCCCAAGCUUGGGACAGUGAUGUACAGAUGGGGAUGGGUGGACAGGGUGCUGUACCCCUCUGGGGGGAGUGCAGGACUCAGGGGUGGGCCUAGUCCUGCUCCUAGGGCUGUGAAUGUUUUCAGGGCGGGUGGGGGAGGGAGAUGGAGCCUCCUGUUUCAGGGGGAAGGGUGGGCAGGGCCUCCCACUUGGCCUCUGGGUUCAGUGGUAUUUUAUACUUGCGCUCUUCCUACAGGGCUGGGAAAGGUUGGGGGGAGGGAAGGGAGAGUGGGCAUGCUGUGGAUACUGGCGUAUCCUCUCCCAGCUCCAGGAAAAGGGCUCCUAACAGUGUAACUUAUUGUGUCCCCACAUAUUUAUUUGUUGUAAAUAUUUGAGUAUUUUUAUAUU